AUGGCUAGCACAGCCCCUUCUUCUGUCUCGUCUGGCUCUUCUGUGUACGAUGUGUCAGAGGAAAAAACCAAUGGCACGAAGCUGUUACGACUGCUGGUUGAUGGAGGAACACACGUGCUGCGCAGUUUAUUGCAUUCUGUCUACCAACUAGAUAAAUUACAAGUCGUAUUAAACAACAAUAAGGCAAAGCUUCAAAAACUGAGGUCCAAAGGUGUAAUAUUUCAAAACCAGUGGAAAAUGUUGUUUCCUGCCUCAGGUGAUCCACCGGACUCCGAAAAGUUCGACAUUACACUUUUAUAUCUCUUGCUUCGUGAAGUUUGGCACCUUACGCCGCCUUCAACCGGAUGGCACAAUAAGCCUGCAGAAGAUGAUAAUAGCCUCGCGGCAAACAUUUCUUGCAUCAAAUAUUUCCGAAAUGAGCUGUGUCACAGCGUCUCUAGCGGAAUUCCAAACGCUGAAUUCGAGGACAAGUGGAAAGAGAUAGUAUCUUCUUUAGAAACAAUUGAGAUGUAUGUUCAACGGAAGAGACACGUAGAGAAAAUGGAGGCGCUAAAGAACCAUCCCAUUGAUCACGAAACGCCCCAGCGUUUAAAAGAACAAGCUGGGAUAUGGAAAGAGAUGCAGGAACGAGAAAAGAUUGACACGACGAUUUUCAGCCCCGACAGCUGUUUACCGGACAAAAUAUCAGAAGAGAGUAUAUUUGGCCGUGACCAAAAAAUAAAGCAAGUCAGAGAUAUGGUUGAGAGUGGAGACCCUGUUGUCCUGAUCACUGGUGGACCAGGAUUCGGAAAGACAACUGUGGCUAAACGAGUGGCUCAUGAGUUAGCAAAAUUAGAGAAGGAAAGAACUGUGCUGUUUUGUAGUUUACUAACAAAGACAAAUUUCAAUGAAGUGGCCGUGGAAAUGAUCAACUCGUGUGGUACAAUCAGCACUCAAGUACCAGAGAAUCCGGGGCAGUGGCUGAAAGACUGGAGCAAAGGGGUUCAAAACAUUGUCACGUUUGUUCUCGACAAUGCUGAUGGCGUCCUUGAGUCGAAUGAUCGAGCAUCGUUUAUAAGCAUCUUAUCUGACGUUAGAAGGAUAUCAAGGCAAAGGGUAACAUUUGUCAUAACUGCAAGGAAAACAUUUGAGGAUUCCGAUUUGCUGUCCCGCGAAGUCAGAUUGGACCCUUUGUCCACCGAACAGGCGAAAAAUCUUCUUAUAUCUAGACUGCAAGUAUAUGAAGAUACUCCACAGAAUCUUUCCAGGGUAGAUUACAUCGCCAAAAAUCUAUGUGGUCGUGUUCCUUUAGCACUUUGCAUCGUUGGAUCCUUGCUUUCAGACUAUUCAGAAGAAACGCUCAUAGAAAGCCUUGAAAAGGAACCAUUGGCUGUCCUAGAANAAGAUGAUAAUAGCCUCGCGGCAAACAUUUCUUGCAUCAAAUAUUUCCGAAAUGAGCUGUGUCACAGCGUCUCUAGCGGAAUUCCAAACGCUGAAUUCGAGGACAAGUGGAAAGAGAUAGUAUCUUCUUUAGAAACAAUUGAGAUGUAUGUUCAACGGAAGAGACACGUAGAGAAAAUGGAGGCACUAAAGAACGAUCCCAUUGAUCACGACACGCGGCAGCGUUUAAAAGAACAAGCUGGGAUAUGGAAAGAGAUGCAGGAACGAGAAAAGAUUGACACGACGAUUUUCAGCCCCCACAGCUGUUUACCGGACAAAAUAUCAGAAGAGAGUAUAUUUGGCCGUGACCAAGAAAUAAAGGAAGUCAAAGAUAUGGUUGAGAGUGGAGUCGCUGUUGUCCUGAUCACUGGUGGACCAGGAUUUGGAAAGACAACUGUGGCUAAACGAGUGGCUCAUGAGUUAGCAAAACCAAAGAGGGAAAGAACUGUGCUGUUUUGUAGUUUACUAACAAAGACGAAUUUCAACGAGGUGGCCGUGGAAAUGAUCAACUCGUGUGGUGCAGUCAGCAGGCAAGUAACAGAGAACCCAGGGCAGUGGCUUAAAGACUGGAGUAAAGGAGUCCAAAACAAUGUCACAUUUGUUCUAGACAAUGUCGAUGGCGUCCUCGAGUCGAGUGAUCGAACAUUAUUUAUAAGCAUUUUAUCUGACGUAAGAAGGUUAUCAAGGCAAAAGGUAACAUUUGUCGUAACUGCAAGGAAAACAUUUGGGGAUCCCAACUUGCAGUCCCGCGAAGUCAGGUUGGACCCUUUGUCCACCGAAAAGGCGAGAGAUCUCCUAAUUUCUAGGGUGCAAGUCUAUGAAGAUGCUCCACCGAACCUUUCCAGGGCAGAUUACAUCGCCAACGAUCUAUGUGGUUGUGUUCCUUUGGCACUUUGCAUUGUUGGAUCGUUGCUUUCAGACUAUUCUGAAGAAACGCUCAUAGAAAGCCUUGAGAAGGAACCAUUAGCAGUUCUAGAGGACGACCAAGAAUCUGUAGAAAAGGCCAUUAAGACCUCGUUUGACCUUUUGAAGAAACCCGAGCAAGAGGCUUUCAUUCUCCUGUCUUUGUUCCAGGGUUCGUUUGAUCCAGAUGCUGCCAAAGCUGUGAUGAAGGCUCCCUGUUCGAGCAUCGGCACUUUACCUAUUUCCGUCCUUCGCUCCUUGAAGAACAGAUCUCUUGUGGAGAAGCUGUAUUCCCGCAGGUAUCAGAUACAUCCACUCAUUCAUGCUUAUGCCAGAAAGAUUAGUCAAGAUCAUGAGUAUGCCAACCUCUUGGCAAUGGGCGAAAAGUUGGCCUGUGUCCACUUCAUGUCUCGCCUCUCGAACAAUGCUGAUAUUUACUGGAGUAAGGACAACUGUAGAGAUGCCCUUGUAUCGUUUCAAGAGGACAAGUACAAAUUCGAGUAUUUUCUCACAUUCUACGCCCAAGGAAGGGAAAAACAGGACAAAGAGAUCGUGUGCGACAGUGAACCGUUCCUGGACAGUCUUCCUCAAAAGUGCAUGUAUUUGGAAAGAUGUCUUCAUCCAAGGUUUUACACAGAGGUCCUGGAAAGGUUAUCGAAAACAUUUGACUCAAGAAUCCAACCAGUGUGUGCAGUAGAUCUUUUGUGUCUUCUUGGCAACGAGUACAAGAGGAAAGGAGAGCAAGAGAAGUACCAAGAGGUCAUGGAAGAAGCGGAACAAAUUCGUGUGGCAAAUGAUGCUGCAUUUGCGGCAAAACCGUUAUCAGAAGUUUAUUUUCACAACAGCAAUGCUCGCUUCCUUUCAAGUAAAAGAGAUUUUAAAGAAAACAGACGUAUUCAAGAGGAAACUGCAAUGGCUUUGAAGGUAUCCGAUGAGCAGCUUCAUGAUCACCCGGAAAAAGCAGCAACUCUCUACCUUUCAGGAAAUACUUCAAAGCGCAGUAAGCAGUAUGAUAUUUGCCACCUUACGCCGCCUUCAACCGGAUGGCACAAUAAGCCUGCAGAAGAUGAUAAUAGCCUCGCGGCAAACAUUGCUUGCAUCAAAUAUUUCCGAAAUGAGCUGUGUCACAGCGUCUCUAGCGGAAUUCCAAACGCUGAAUUCGAGGACAAGUGGAAAGAGAUAGUAUCUUCUUUAGAAACAAUUGAGAUGUAUGUUCAACGGAAGAGACACGUAGAGAAAAUGGAGGCGCUAAAGAACUAUCCCAUUGAUCACGAGACGCCCCAGCGUUUAAAAGAACAAGCUGGGAUAUGGAAAGAGAUGCAGGAACGAGAAAAGAUUGACACGACGAUUUUCAGCCCCGACAGCUGUUUACCGGACAAAAUAUCAGAAGAGAGUAUAUUUGGCCGAGACCAAGAAAUAAAGCAAGUCAGAGAUAUGGUUCAGAGUGGAGUCCCUGUUGUCCUGAUCACUGGUGGACCAGGAUUCGGAAAGACAACUGUGGCUAAACGAGUGGCUCAUGAGUUAGCAAAAUGA